AUGGCGAGAAAGAUUGAUUACGGUUUUGUCAGGGUGGAGUCUCCCGGGUGCAGAGCGGCGCCCGGCGCGCCAUCUGGCGGCGAGUGGCGGCGCCGGCCCAGCAAGGCGUGGGCCAGCGAGCCGCCGGGCCUGGUGGUGGGGGCGGGCCGCGCCGCCUCCGCCAGCCCCGGCGCCGCCUCGCUCGACUCGGGCUACUCGGACGCCCAGCUGCCGCCGGCCAGGCCCGCCACUCCGGAGCCCGACGCCUACGCGGACAUCCUCAAGACGCCCGAAGCCUUCAACGCCUCCUUCUCCCCGCUGCGCACAGACACGCGACUCAGCUGGCUGGCGGAACUAGAGGAACCGGAUGUGGACACCGAUAGUAGUUCCCGCAGGGACAGCCGGCCAGAGGCAGAGCAGAGUCCCGUGGUUGACUCUCCGCUUGACUGCCAGCCUGUCUGCACGUCUACCCCCAAAGGACACACUGAGGCCCGCAAAGCCGCCAGGCCUCAGCGCGUGCGUCUGCGCCCACCACACAACCUGCUGCCAGAGUUCAACAGAAGUCAAUCUCUAGAAGAAACUGCAGAACCACAUAAAAAUUUGGCUGUUCACUGUUGGCUGAAAGAUUUAGCUGGUAUAUAUGAACCAGAGUGCACAACAACACUGCAGAGCAAGUCAUUAUCAGCGGAAAUCACAAAAAAAGUGGAAAAUAUGGCAGAACUUCUUUCACAUGCUAAAUUUCGCCACUUACAGCAACAAACAACACUUAUUUCUACAGAGCUUUCAAAGUUCAGAAGGCAGCUGGAUUAUGGUGGUCUGGAGCACGUAGGACCAUUAGCGCAGAGCCUGUCUGGACACAUCUUGGAAUUCUGCCAGGAGGUAUCCCCCACUGAUACCAACAUGGAGCAGCAACUGGAAUCAGCAUGUGACAGGUUAAGAAGUGUAGCUGCUGCAUCACAGCUAGAUGCUGACCAGAUUGCCGAAAAGACAAUGGAACUGGAACAUCAUCUAAGUGCUUUGCUUGAUCAUACAUUGAAGCAGCACAUACUGGGUUUAUUGGCACGUGUGGAGGAACCACCAAAUGACUUAGUACUGCGAGCUGCUCUUUCUGGCCUAACAACACUUGGACUGGAGAGUCCAGGAGCAGGACAGUUGGUAGCUGAAUGUGGUGGCAUUCAUAGUUUGCUUACCAUCACACUCGAUUCUCAUUCAAGUUUUGUUCGCACUGCAUCACUAAGAGCUCUUGCUGCAGUUUGCUGUGUUGCAAUGAGCAUACGACAGUUUGAACAGGCAGGUGGUGUUGAAAUUUUAUCUGAACUGCUAGCAGAUGAAUCGCGCCCUAUAUCAGAGUUGUCUGAAGCUGUUGGAGUUUUGGCUCAAAUUACUUCUCCUUGGGUAGAAGAUAAUCACAGUGUCCAUGGUUUGGCUGAACAUUUGCCAUCACUAGUCAAAUCCCUCACGAGGAUGGCAACUCCAAAAGCUGAUGAGCAGACCUUGCUGUUAGUAGCUGCUGCACUUGCCAAUAUGAGUCACCUUGAGCCAAGGUGUGUCUGGCCCCUAUUGGAAUAUUCAACAAUAGGUCACCUUCUGGCAGCAGUAAGAUACCAAGGGCCAAAUGCUCCUGUUUUCUUAAGAGAACAGACUGCUACUUUACUUGCAAAUGUAGCAGCAGUUCCUGAAACAAGGCAUUCAUUGGCAUCGCAGGGAGCUACACUUGCUCUUGUGUGUUUUCUUCAAGUACGUUCCUGCCCGUUGCAGACAGGAGCAGAAAUUACAGCUGCAGAAAGAUUACAACAAAAAUCUGCUAUUGCACUGUCCAGGCUUUGCACCGACAAAGCUGUGGCUCAAGAGAUAGUAGAUCUGCAAGGGGUAACACGACUGGUGAGGCUGUGCCGGGAAGAUCGUGAAAGGAAUCACAGUGAUGGAGUUCUUGUUGCCUGCUUGGCUGCUCUUCGCAAAAUAGCAGCCAACUGUGGUACAGAGGUUAUUGAAGAGCUGGAUGCCAUGGAACUUGUGGAACCCCGUCUGCUGGACUCUUUCCUCUUGUAUUCCUCUCGUCAAGAAAGUUAUGUGUGAGUGAAGUAAUUUUGGCUGUGAUUAGCUCUCUAUGGAGGAAUAGAAACUGCUCAUAUUGUGUGUGAGGUUAAAGAAAUGUGAACCCUUUAUACUGAUACAUAGUGUCAGAAUGUAGGUGGAUGUACAAAGUGGUAAAUGGAUUUGCUGGACUGAAUGGAAGAGUCUGAAUGACACAACUUUGCGUGUUAAAAGUCAACAUAACAUCAUCAGUUAAAAGCAAAGAUGUGUUCUAAUUAAGUCUGAGGAUUGUGAUGUUUUAUAUGUUGUCCUUAAAAACACUAUUUUCACACAGUGAAUAAAUAAUUGCCUGAGCUGUCUCCAAAGAAGAGUUUCUCUGUGUGUCAUAUAAACUCAGAAAAGUCUUGUUUUUGAUACAGGCAGAUGUUUGUCUAUUGGCUGUGAAGGUGUGUAAAUGAUUUAAUUCUUAAUGAGUCAAAAACAGUAAAAAAAUUACCAAACAGAAAACCCACCAAAGACUUGAAUCAUAAUAUUUUAAUAAAGCUGUUGUGUUAUCAGUAUCAUCAUGCAACAGAGGAUCAAGACUUUUCUCCAAGUUUAUACAGGGACCAAAGAGUUUAGUCAGACCAUAGUUACUGGAAGAAUGAAGAUUGUAGUUAUUAACUGGAUUGUUGCAAGUAAUGUGACCUAAGUGUACAGUUAUAAGAAACAUUCAAUUAUGACAUGAACAUUCAUCUCAUUUUGAGUACACAGUGUUCAUGAUGUGUAUAAAUAAAUGACAGUUGCUCUCUAAUAAUAUUCAUACACAAUGUACUUGUUUGUGUAAAGCUGUUCACUUAAGAGAGUUAUUGUAAAUUUUAGGAUGUGUCAAUGUUUCAAUGUUUUUAUAUAAUAUUCUAAGUCAUGUGAGGCAUUUUGUUGGCUUGACAAUCUUGAAUACUCAAUGAGCAAGCAUAUGUCUAUGGGUGAACAGAAAUUGGAUUAUGUCUUCAGACUAUGUAAAAUUCUUAAAAGUCUCUGAUUUGUUAAAUCAGCUACUCUUUUUCUUUUAGACUGCAAAUAAUUCCUCUUCUCUUUUGUUUUAAACUCUGUAUUACUGCACUGAUUGUGGAGUGUACUGUGAAAUAGGCAAUCCCUUAAGAUUAAGACAUUGUGCUAGAUUGAGAUUUGAACCCUGAUCAUUGCAAGCAAUACUUUGCCAGCUAAUGCACUUGGAGAAAUCUUACGAACUGUUUGAAACCUCCAGUCUAACUGUAAGUAAAAAGGCAGCUUGAAGUCUGAGUCCUGCACAAGCAAGCUCAAGGUAUAAAUGUAAACAAGUGGUAGACCUGAUUAAUGUGCAUCUGUUAAGUAUAAAGAAAACAUUUGACACAUUGUUACUUAUAAAGCUGUUGUUAUGUGACAUCUUAGUAUCACAGUGAUUUCUUAAAUUAAUUAUUUCAUUCAUACUUUUAGGAGAUUAAUUGAAUAGUUUUUUUACAGUUUUGUAUUAGUUCCAUUAUAUUUGAACUGGGAAGAUAUCAGAGUUUUAUAUGAAGCACUUUUUAAAAUUCACAAUUUCUGGUAACAACUCAGUUUAGCUGGUUCUGCAUAAUUCUGACUUACAAAAGAGUGACUUGAUGAAUGCCCAUAUCUUCAUUUCACUGCUGCACAAUUGUACCUACCCAGUAUUUAAGCAUUUUUAGUGCUGCCUUGCACUCGUUAAUGAUAUUUUUCUCUUCCUGCCAGUUAACUGAGUGAUUCUUUCCUUUCACUUUGAUAAAGUAGCUAUUUCUUCAUGUAUUGUAUACCCAGUGGAAUAAAGUAUCCCUAAAACUCUUUCUGUAUGUAUAUCCCCACCACAGCAGCAAUACCACUCAGUAAUUCUGCUUUCAGCACACCACCUGUCAGCUCCAUGGCUAUCAGCAAACUUCAUUACAUUUUGAUACUCACUAUGAAGUCAAAAGGAGGACUUUCGGCACAAAUACGGUGCAAUAAAUUGAUUAGGUAGGGAGGAUUCAUGUCUAAUAUUUGCAGAGCAGCCAGAAAAUAAGUUAUGAUUGGAAGGAAAUUUGGAGGAACUUCUAACAGAGAGAGUUCUGAUACAAAAAAUGUAAAUAUAGAAAUCAGGGAAAAUAGCAAAUAUAUGAAAUGCAUGAUUUUUGUGAAUAAUGGAAGUAGUCAAUAGUGAAAGUCACUCUCACUUUAAGGGUCUUUAUGCUUAUUGUUCUCAUAUGACCUUUUUAAUCAUGAAACAUUCAUGACUAUUGCAAACACUGAUAUCAAACACACAUUUAAUGUACUCAAUUGUAUUAUAGUUCUUAUUAGAGGGACUAAUGUGUGGUCUUCAUAAAAAAGUUUGCCUACACUUAACAAGACACAAAGUUUGCGAAGUUUGUGCUUCAACAUGUGUAAAUUCAAACUGUUUUAAGAAGCAUCUGAUGUAACAGUGGUCACAUUUGUUAAAGUGAUCCAAAGAUUGUGCUGUGUCCUGGUACUUCUUUUUCAUAAAAAGAAAUUGUGAUAUUAGACCUUAAUAAAUCUUAGGAAGUCACUAUUGCACUCAUUAACAAGAUCAUCCUUUACUCUGCACAAAUUAUGUUUGUCUUAUAAUGCAGAACACUUUGUUUCUCAGCAGACAGUAAGCUCCAAUAUACUAUUCUAGUAACUAGAUGGGAAUGGGGAUAGGCAUAAAGUCAAAAAUAGGUUUGCUCCUGAUGUGAAGCAUGCAGAAACUGUAUUUUGACAUGUUUUACUGUUGAUGUUGUCACAAAAUAAAAGUGUAGCGUUUGUUUUCUUGUGUAGAAAUGACUAUUAGAAGCAUGCUUUAUAUUUGCUGUCUGAAGAUUUACAAAGAGCAAAUACUGCAGAAGAUGAAUCCUUAUCUGACCAUUUCCAGCCUAAAAUACUGGGAGCUUUCCAAAGUCAUAAUACAGUGUAGUCUAUAGGAAGGCCAUAAGCUAAAAUUGAAACUGUGGGUACAUAAUUACAGUUGUUUUAAAUUGUUAAGUAGUUUGAAGAAAUUUAAAAACCUUUUAUUGAGAGAUUAAUGAUAAUGAAAUGCCUGGGAUAAUUGAAAGACUGUGUGGCUACACCAUGCAGAGAAUGCACUAAGUUAAUCAACCAUUGUAAACACUGUUACACACAGACAAAAAUGUUCAUAAAAUGGCAUACAAUUUAAUGAUGCCAGGUUUUGUACCAGCGAGUUGGUGUCUGAUUGCUGACACUGUAGGAAAUAUCAGUGGAUAAAAAGUGCAAUAUGUGUGUUUGUAUUCAGUCUCUGCAUAUGUCAUGAAUGUGUGAUGAUAAAAAAUGAAUUCAGUGUACGUAAUAAGCAUAUAAAUUUAGAUACAUCACUUAAUAUAAGAAAUAAUUUCAGGUCCUAAGAAAAUUAGUUUCAGAUUCUUUAUAUA